AUGGACCUACCUGUGCCCUCCCAGUCUUUUCUCCCCAUCCGGCCUGCCCCGGGACGUGAGAGAGUCAAGUCUCGUCUCCCCAGUAGGUGUGGCCAGCAACCACCUGGCACCAACAAUGGAGCGGUUGCAGGUGUUCCCCCAAAGCCCCCCAUUGAGUUGAUCCACCAGUCACUCAGCGUGGUCUGCCAGUGGCAUCCUGGAGUGCCAGCUGCAGGGCUGACCUGGACUGAGAAUGCCUAUCUUGCUCUGACAGGCAUCGCCGCGUCACACCUUGAGCUCUUCUUCACUCACGAUGCUCCACAAGCUAACGAGACUCUAAACCAAUUCCUUGCUGACCUCGAUAUGGACUGUGACACUGAGAGCUACGAAACGUGGCGGCAAAUUGUUCUAGGGCUAUGGAGGACUGAAAACGUCGCGUCGCAGAACGGUCGCUCGACUCACUCCAUCCAACUUCUCCUUAAUGCGGAACGUCUGAAUACCCCUCCGCGCGACUGUAUGGGCGCCGUGUGCGCCUUGGGCCUGUUACAGAGCGUGGCACCUCACGGCCCAGAGGCAAAGAGUGAAUAUCCUCUCAACCCCCUCUUCCUACUCAAGUAUAAGUAUCCCGCCGUCGAGUUUCAUGAAAUCGAGCGCGCCUUCGACACGGAGCUUGACAGGAAGGCGUUCAAUCAGUGGGAACAGCGUGUAAAUGCCAUCAUGGAGUGCAUGGGCCCCUUGACAUCGCAGCCUGUUCUCCUCCAGCAGGCCGGUGGCAUUGUCCAGUCGGAUGCUACCUAUGCGGACUAUCUCAAGGAAUAUGCCAAUGCCAUCUGCGACUUGGGUGACUCACGGUUCGGAUCAUUCACUGUGACCGACGCCAUCCACGACGCAACACAUAGAUUUACUGCAGCCAAGGCCGGCGACCCGCCUCCCGGCACCCCGGAGGACUGCCUUCCCCGCAAAACACCAGACGAGGAGAAACUAAUCUGGGAUCUGCAUUGUCAAAUCGUGAAGUUGGUGUUUAGAGAACUGAGCAACGCCAACCUGGCGGUGAAGAACUCUGCGUUCAAGGCAGUUGUGCAGGUCGGUGGUCAGGUGCCUGGCCUCACCAUCCUGUCCCCUAAAAAGCACUUCCUCGUCCUUAUCCCCAUGGCCGGGAAGGAGGGAUGCCAUGUGAAGAUUGACAACCAGGAAGUGUCAUGGAACCCUAGCACUGGUUUUCUCCUUGACGAACAUGUGCCGAUCUGGGCUGACAGUCUCAUCGGUUUCAUCGCCAUCUUCGUCUACAAGUUUUGA